AAAUGGUUAUUCACAGAGUACAUUAUUUUGGUUAUUGAUAAUCUUUGAUAACAUAACUUAUGCUUAUGAUAGAAAAGUUUACAAACUGCAAAGAUAUAUUUUAACGCUAAUAAAAUGAAUACCAUACUAGAGGUAAAAAGCGAACAGUACAUUAGCGAUACAGACAUUGCCCCGCAAGAGCACAUUGCAUCUAAAUCUGCACCAAUAAAAACCUUAUCAGAUGUGAUCAUCAUCAAGAAACAGGUCUCUGCUCCAUCGUACUUGUUCUCACUGAGAGAGAACCAAGCGCCCCCGUUCAGGAAGGCAGGCAAGCAGCCUCGACCUAUGGUGUUGGUGGGGGCGAUAUUGUCCGAUGAUGAUAUAUUUACAAUGAUCUCAGCGGCUAAAGGUGAAGCAGAGUUGAAGAGUUAUUUAGGUAACUUAGUGGUCCAAAAAGGCAUAACAACAAAUGACAAUUUGAGAGAAAAGGCUUUCCUGGUGUUACUUAUGCAAGAAGCUAUUCAGUACGCGGCGGACCGUGACUUUGAUGCCGUCCAGCUGUCCUGUCUGCUCAACAUGUACCUGACCACCCACCAGGAGUUCAAGCGGGGCUACUGGGCGCAGCCGAGCGAUGUGUGGGCGUAUUUCCAAGAGCUUGUGAUUUGUCAUUCAGUUGAGGUAGAUACUUGUCACUCUAUUUUAUGCAUAGUAGGUAUUAUAAGGUCAAGAGACUGUUGUUACAAAGUUGCUAAAGAUUGUAUUGUAAUAAUCAGUUCAAAGUAUUUUAAUGUCUGUUUAUAUUAAAAUGUGUCUACUUAUUGCAGGACCCCCCAGAUGUACUAGAAAUUUAUGAUCCAAAUGAGAGCUACAAUAUCCUGUCUCACUUCCACACUAUUUAUAUCUCCAACCUGCCUCUCAUACACAUCCUGACAUUUGGAGUGUACCGCCUCAGGUUCACAUGGC